UCCAACUCCUGCUGACCGCGAUACGCUGCGUUCGGAGUGUGAAAGACACUGCUGUGCCAGACAGACAUGGCUGGCUUUGGGAACAAGUUGAGCUCUUACUCCUUAACUCAGUUAAACGAACUGCUCGAAGAUGAAGAGAAGCUCAACACAAUUAUCAACGAAACGGAGGAGAUUAAAGGACUACAACAGAAUAAGGAGAUGACACUGGCUAGUAACCGGCUUCUGGCUAAGCAGAACCUUCAACACCAGCCCAGACUAGACCACCAAAAAAACGAGCUAACCAAACAUUACCGGUGCCUACAGGAGCGCUUUGAAGCCUGUCAGCUGCGCAUGUCCAAUCUAGACCACAAGUCUGGAAACAUUCCCUUGGACACAUUGCUUGCACUCCUACAAGCAGAAGGGGCCAAAAUCGAGGAAGAAACUGAGAACAUGGCUGAAUCUUUUCUUGAUGGAGCAGCUUCUCUGGACACAUUCAUCGAUGAGUACCAGAGCAAAAGGAAGCUGGCACAUCUGCGAAGAGUGAAGAUCGAGAAGCUCCAAGAAAUGGUACUGAAGGGACACCAGAUUCCCUCAGCUGCCCCUCAGCCAUCUCGAUCUCAGGACCUCCCUUCCAGGCCAGCUGCUGUCAAUGGUUCCCCCAUGCCAAUGCCCCGCCGAGCUCCUCCUCUCCCACCUGUUAACGUUCCUCCAAGUCCUACAAUCCAGCCUGCUGCAGCUGUAUCCUACCCCCCUACCUCUCCAUACCCUCCUAUCCCUCCCAGAGUAGGAAAUCCACCAUCUAGUCUUAACCAGGGAUACCCCAGCAUGUAUAUGCAGCAAUACCCCCCAACUGUGCCCCAGAGACCCCAUCCACGCAUGGCUCCCCAGCCAGGCUUCAUCAUGCAGUGAAUGGGGUGUUACAGUCUGUGGAGAAGGAACAAUAGAAACAGUUUUUAUAGGUCUUUCAGGCUGCAUAUUAUAUAGGAAGGUGUCAGGAUGGAGUCUUGUCAUGAUAAAUUAACUAGACAUUUCUGCAAAGACACAUCUAAAACAGGACAUUCAAUUUGCACUUUAGACUUUUAAUUGUAUUAAAUCAGUCAUGUCUGGUUACUGAGUCUUGCUAUUCUUGUUCUGAGUUCAUUCAAGUUUUACACGAGCCACAUGGGCUUCCAUACAUAGUGAAGAUAUCUAAAUUCAAGAACUGGUUCUGGCCUCUUAGUUAUCCGGCUAGGCAGAUAUAAAGAGCUAACAUUUGAUGUUUUGAUUUGUGUUUGAGUUGUUCUUCUUUAAUAUCUUCUGACAUUUCUUACAUGAAAAAUGCUGCUUUUAGAUUAAUAAUAUUGAUGCCUAUGCAAACAGACUGAAACCAGACUUGAGUUUAUGGGUGGAACAAAACAUAAUAUUUUGCCUUCUAGGUUAUUUCAGACCUGCAGCCAAAUUUAUUUAUUUUUUUCUCUCCAUUGGAUUCAGUUCUUAUCAAAGUAUGUGUGCUGGUAGCAGUUGAACAGGGUGAUUUGAUACUGAUUUCUUUAAGAAAAGACAAAAGAAAAUGUGGGUGAAAUCAUUUGGUACUAAUUUGGUGGUUGAGAUUGGUUGAUGGGUUUAUUAGGUCUCAGAUGUAAGCAAAUUCAUGCUUAUGGCGAGAGUUAAUUAGCUAGAUUUUGGAAGAAGUGUGAGUGAACGAUUGUGUGAGUGGAGAAUUAUUUUAAUUUUUUUUUAGAAAAAUAGUUGUGUAAACGUGUGUGCUUGUUCUGUCUUAUUAGUGUGCAUACUUAAACUGAUGCGCUAUGCAUCAUUUACCAUUUUACCAUUUAAAAUAUACGCUGUUUACAUCGGUACACCCUUACAAGUGUCCUUCUUUCUAAAUACGUGAUGUGUAUGUUUUAGCAAUUAGAGCCAUAAUUAUGUUGUCUAGCAUUCAGGAAGUUUUCAUAAUAGAACCAGGAAGUGAGUAACUUUGUCCACUUUGUGUCUCUGGUGCUGCUACAUUUAUCUGUUUAGUAACAUUCAUUUAAUGAGCUGAGACUAGAAAAUCUCUUGCAAAACAGAGGAAUAUUCUAAAAUGAAAAUUCUCUCAUCAUUUACUCACCCACAUGCCAUCCCAGAUGUGUAUGACUUACUUUCUCCUGCUGAACACAAAAUAUAUCUCAGCUCUGUAGAUCUGUUCAAUGUAAGUCAACAGGGUCCAAAUCUUUGAAGCUCAAAAAGCAUAUAAAGGCAGCAUAAAAGUAAUCCAUAUGACCACAGAUGUUAAAUCCAUUUCUUCAGAAGAGAUUUUAUAUGUGUGGGUGAGAAAAAGAUCAGUAUUACUUUUUACUAUAUAUUUCCACUUUCAACCAGCCCUCCUAGGAGUUCUUUUGUUUUUGGCAAUUGACAUUCUUCAUGCAUAUCACCACCUACUGGGCAGGGAGGAGAAUUGAGGAAAAAAAGAUUUGAAUAUUGGUCUUUUUCUCACCAGCACUUAUCAUUGAUUCUGAAGACAUCGGUUUAGCCACUGAAUUACUUUUAGGUUGCCUUCAUGUGCUUUUUGGAGUUUCAAUGUUUUGAUCAACAUUCACUUGCAUUGUAUGGACCAACAGAAAUUAGAUGUUCUUCUAAAAAGCUUUGUUUAUGUAAAACACUCCACAAUUGUCAAAAUGUGUGUAUCUGCUUUAUCUUGAUAUUAAUGAGAACUAGAUCUAUGGGUGAAAUUAUUUGCAUACUGCAAGAAUCGGGUUAUAUUAUGUCUAGACCAUGACAUACCUGUGAAAUACGUGUGCACUGUGACUGGCUUUGCAACCAUCUGGAAAAACAGCUUUUGUCCUCUGAAAUGUUUGUAUGUAUAGACAUGUUUUUAUUUGCUUUAGAAAUAAUAAAUCCUAGGUUUGUAACUGGUAACUCAGCUGAAUGCUGUUGGCAAUAUAAAAUUUUGUUUUGUACUAUUCAAAUGUAAAAUAUGUAGACUAUUCUAUGCUAGUUAUUGUCUAUUGAAUGUGGUAGAAAUGUUAAAUUGAACGGACAUCUUUAUUUUAAAUAUAAUAAAUGCUAUC